AAGCCUGGUCAAAGUAAGAGAAUGGCUAAUGUAUUUAUAAAUCAAUCUAUCUGGGACAUUUAACAAAACAAAAAAAAGUAAUUUGCAGUCGUUGUUUGGUGGAAUUUAUUGCUGAAGCUCAACAGGAAUAAUUAAUGAACGAAACACAUUUUAAUGAGACAGCCAGACUGCUGCAGGUUAUAUAUUUUUUAUAUAUUAUUACAGGAGCUGGGAGUGUAGCUACAUUUGGAAAGGAAAAAAUAUAUCUCAGCAAAUUAUAAAUUUGAAAUGUCAUGUUACCUCCGAAACAUGAUUUAUUGUUUUAAUCAACUGACAGAAAAAAUCUGCCUUCCUAUAAAUAAAUCUCAGCUGAAUGCUGUAACCACAAACGCCUGAGCCACACUUCAUGGAAUGCAGAAGCAAUUGUGCCAGAAGUCCAUUGCUUAUUAACAAAUUAUUUUCUCAAUAAUUGUUUGAAGAAUGAGCAUACAGUGUGUCAAGAGAUUGGCUUAAGUACUUAAAUUAAACAUGACAUGUCUUUUUCCUUGUAAACUUUGGAUCUUGUCAAUAUGUCUAUUAACCUACUAAUUAUACUAUAUAUCUGAAUUGAUUGCAGGUAAUAUGACAUUUGUGAUGAGUUCAACACACACCAGUUUGAAUGAUUUAGCAACUCAUAUUCCUCUUCUUAUAUGUUUUGUUCACAGCCUUGCACAUGCUCCUGAAAUCAAUACCAGGCCGAUGCCUUCGUCUCGGAUGAGCAGUGCUUUCACCUGUGUGCCAAAACUAUUUGGAACAACACAAGUUGCUCUGCUGAAACUCGCCCAACUUGAGGCUCAAUUAGCCUUGAACCUGAUUUCCAACUUUCCAGCUGGAAAUCAUGGUGGUUAUGGGAACCCCUUUGUUCCUCUAUUACUCUUACAAGCUGUUGCCACUCAAAGAACCCCAUUUCUGACCAUGUAUCAACCCCAAGGGCUUAUUACACUUUCCCAUCUUUUACAAAGUAAAAAUGUUAAUUGUGUACCAAACCUUCCUGGUACUAUGUUGUCAUCAGUUAGUCCUCAGAAAAGUAGUUCAGUCAUUGCUAAUAAGGCAAGUGGGAUCACAUUGCAAGGUGACUUUCUAUCAAAAGAGGUAAUUCAGGAGAAAAUUCUAGGUCUCAGCUUGAGUAGUAGUAAAACAACAUUACCACAGCCAACAUGUGGGGAGCCUCUCGUUGGAUCCAAUAACAACCAUCGUGGCAAAAACGGCUCCUUUAAACCAGGGGCUACGAAUAUGACAAUGCCUCUUAAUAGCCAUCCUGCUAAAGUUUCAAAGACUUGGGACGCUACGCAACAAAAAAUGUUACCUUUUCUACCAGAAAACCUGAUCAAAGCUUUAGCCAGACUUGGCCUUUCCCUUGAGGACCUAGAAUUACUCUGUCAUAGCUCAGACAACCACCUAACAACAGAGAUGCUCCCCCAUUUUAUACAAGACAUGCAACAGCACAAAGGAGCAAAUUAUAUCAAACAAACUUCAUCUAAAAGCAUCAUGCCUGGGAAGGUCAUUGAAUAUGGACAUUUAAGCAGGGACUUCUCUGGUCAAAUGGAAUCAUCCAGAGAGUCAUCAUAUUCUUAUGGGAAGCAUCAUGUUCAUGGGAAUCAGAAGAAAAGCUAUCCUCUACCACAAUCCGUUUCUCCAUCUUCCCAAGGUCCAGAUUUAUUUAGUUCAUAUGGACAAUCCCGUUGCUCACAUGCCCAUAGCUCCAUUACCUCUGCAAGAUACAAUCCAUCUGAUCUUAGUCAUGAGCACUUCUUUCCCAAGUCUAGAGCUUUGAGACAGAUAAGAGAAUCAACAGGAAGAGGAUCAAAUUCCUUCCUUAAGAGGCUGCAACAUGGGCAUGCAGAGGUUACCAAAUGGAGACCUUGUUCCAUCUUUUUCCCCUCCCACUCGAAAUGUAGCAUAAGGCACAACUUUGUCACCCCGGAUCAUAAUAAAACUAGAAACUAUACAACACAAAAGUCCUUGUCCUCUUUACAUAGCAGAUCCACCAUGUCCAAUGCCAUGAGAAAAGGUCAUCGUUACCCCUCAUUUUCAUCUUUGAAGUCUGGAGAUUCUGGAUCCGAGUCAAAAACAGAAACAACCAAUGAAUCCAUGAACAUUCAGAAACCAGUAACUAAGAGAGGUGUGAUUCGUAUGUCUGGGAUCCCUCUUGAUUACCCUGAGAGUGAACUGAUCAAAAUGGCAGCUCCUUUUGGUCAGCCUGUUGAGGUUUUAAUGGCAACUGAGGUUGACAUGGCAACUCAUCUAGAAUGGAAGAAGGCUUUAGUGAUUCUUCCAAAUGAAUUCUCAGCCCAGGAAAUGGUGAAGGUUUACUCUGCUAUCCCACUUCACAUGAGACAGCAAAGUGUGGAGCUAGUGUCCCAAAUUGUAGACCUCAGUUCACCUGUGUCAAUGUUUCAAGCUUUUGUGGGGCCAUCAACAUCAAAUGGGUUGCUCACAGCUUUGGACAAUAUGCUGGUGAUAUGCAAUGUCCCUAACCAGCCAUGUGCUACUACAGGAGUGCUACGAAUGCUAAAGCCUUUUGGAAAGGUUUUCAGAACUCUGGUGUUUCAUGGGAACAAGGUGGAUUUUGACCAGUGCCUUUGGAACAAUAACUGUAUCCAGAUUGUUUUAGAGAUGGAAUCUGCUGCUGUAGCUUUAUCUGUGUAUGAGUGGUCUCAAAAAAUUCCUUGUCUUUAUCACAACCACCAUCUUGUUUUCCUAAGAGGACCUUAUAUACAGAAAAAUAUAUCUGAGGUCAAUUCUGCUUAAUAUUGUGCCUACAAAGAUGAUCACCCACCCACAGCAUCCUAUAUUGUAUUACAUUUGUAUUAAAAUUGAUGAAUGUAUUAUUUGUAUAUCAGGGUAAAUAAAUUCAGAUGUUUUAU